CCAAUCGCCAUCCCCUGGGACUAUAUAGCUCAGACCUGCAACUUUUUACUCGUUCAGGUUCUCCCCAAGCAGUUUUCAUUGGCUUAGGACAGCUGGCCCUCUCUCUGUCUCUCAGUCUCUGUCUCUCUUUCGGUCUGUCUGCCUCCUUCCCGCCUUCACUCUCUUUCUUCUCUUCUCCCUUUCUGUUUCUGUCUGUGUCUGUCUGUCUCUCUUUUUCCCCUCCUUCCCGCCUUCACUCUCUUUUUCUCCCUCUCUUCUCCCUCUCUCCGUCUGUCUCUGCCUCUGUCUCCCUCUCCUUUCUCCUCCCCCGACCCCCUCCUGCCAGGCUCCCCGGACCCCCUUGGGCUGGAGCUCAGGCCAGGGCUCCAAGUAGGGCAGGCUGGCUGGCUGCCUCGGGAGCCCGAACGUGCAAGUGCAUGCCUACACCCAGUCCACUUCUGUAAACACCGCGGAGGAAACGCCUGUCAGAGGAAAUCCUGUUCCAGGUUUUCGAGCAGCCCCCGUGAUGGACACAUGAUAUCAUUGGAGGCGGGCCUCGGUACGGAGGUGGAGGUGGAGGCUGAGCGCUGAAAUUCGGCUUCGGGGCGUGCGGGGCAGGCUUCUCCGAGGCGGCCGGGCGGGCAGGCAGGGCGCGCGCCGCAGCAACAGCCCGGCUCCCGCAGUGGCCAACCGGCAAAGCCUAGCAGGACCUGUCCCUGGAAUUCCAAUCGCGCUGGCUGCCCCGUGGGCCUGAGCGGAGCCGAGCGAGUGAGCUGGUCGAGACUGACAGCAGCAUCCCGGCCAGGUUACUGCACACUAGAGGUCACCGAGACGUCGGGGAGCUCUUCAGAAUCCCGUCCCUCCGUCCAAAGGGGGAAAAAGGAGGGGGAGGGGAGAUAACCCUUCCUAAACCUAAUUCACCGAGUCUCGGGAGAACUUUCCCAAAAGGGCCUCUUUGGGUACAGCCUUCCCGGGCCCCUUCGGACUGGUCUGCCGCCUUCGGCUCUUUUGGCAUCUCGAGGCCUGGCUGUGAACGCCGCUUUGAGAUCCACUCUUUGCAUCCAGGGCUGGAGCCUGGCUGCACCCCGCCCUAGUUUGGUAUUCUCAGCAUCGGCUGAGCGGAGGUUGGGAGGCUGAACAGCCCUUGCGCCCCAGCUGCCUGGGCAGCCGCGGAUUUGGCUCCGGGGCCCUUCCUAUCCUUUCCCUUUCUUCGGGAGACCCUUGGAAGACCUCGGGGAAGCACCCUGCCUGCGGCCCUCUCCCUGGAUAGAAGCCCCUCGGAAGGUGCUGUCCCUGUUCAACAGCUGAGCCAGAGAGCUGGGCUCCCGCGGAGAACUGCUAGCAAGGAUUGUCUCCUGCAGCCAAGAGGGGGCCAGGGGAAAGGCUCCUUCCAGCUGCCGCCGCCACCGCCGCAGGAGGAGGAGGAGGAAGAGAAGGAGGAGGCGGCGGCGGAAAGGAGAGGGAGGGGGCGUCCUCGGGCUCGCUAAGCCUCGGCUCGCCUCGCUUGGCCUUAGAGGGGAUGCCGACCGCCAGCCCUGGCUACGCAGUUUAAGGCUCCGCGCUGGCCCCCCGGCACUCAGUGGAUGCUACCUGGGUCGCGGUUGGACCCCUUCGCCCCUGGUGACCGCUCCGAAUUCGGUAGGAUUUCAGAUGCAUGCCAGGUUUCCAGUGAAUGCCAGAAGUCCAGCUCCCUCCCCAUGGAUCUUCCAAAUCCCCGCGGAAGUGGCGGCGGGUCAUUCGUGGUGAUCCAGCAGCCCUGCCCGGACAGGGAGAGCCCAAGCAGCGCCACCAUCCUGUCCCUGGACCAGAUCAAGGCCAUUCGAGGCAACAAUGAGUACACCGAAGGGCCUUCGGCGGCGCUCAAGAAGCCCGGCCCUCGUCUGGCGCCCAGGCCCGAAAAGCCCGAAAGGACUCACGAGAUCAUCCCCCUGAGCAUGAGUAACAGCGCCCCCGCCCCCGCCGCCUCGGAACAGCGCCCCCCAGGCCACUCCAGGGCCCCAGUGCUCAGUAGGUCCACCAGCACCGGCAGCGCCGCCAGCUCGGGCAGCAACAGCAGCGUGUCUUCGGAGCAGGGCCUGCUGGGCCGAUCCCCGCCCUCCCGGCCGGCGGACCGGGCCAUCCGGGCACAGCCAAAGCGCGCUUCCUCCGCCGGGGGCGGCGGCGGCACGGACGACCUGAAAGGCCCAGCCAAGGGGGAGCCAGAUGUGGCGGCGGCCCAGCACAAAUUCAUCUGUGAGCGCUGCGGCAAGUGCAAGUGCGGCGAGUGCACAGCACCCCGGGCGCUGCCCUCCUGCCUGGCCUGCGACCGCCAGUGCCUAUGCUCUGCCGAGAGCAUGGUGGAGUACGGCACCUGCAUGUGCCUCGUCAAGGGGCUCUUCUACCACUGCUCCAACGACGACGAGGGCGACUCGUGCGCGGACCACCCCUGCUCCUGCUCGCAGGCCCACUGCUGCUCCCGCUACCUGUGCAUGGGCACCCUGGCGCUUUGCUUGCCCUGCUUACUGUGUUACCCCCCCGCCCACGGCUGCCUCAAGCUCGGCCGCGGCUGCUACGACCGCGCCACCCGGCCAGGCUGCCGCUGCAAGAACUCCAACACUGUCUAUCGGAAGCUGGAGAGCGGCCCCUCCCGGGGGCAGGGCAAGCCCUCCUGAUGGGGGGAGGGGCGGACUCGAUAGCUGCGGGCUCCCACCUUCCACCCCUCCUCUUCCCUUCCCUCUGCUGCUGGAUCUGGCUCCUGGAUUUCCUCCCUCUCCUCCCGGGGAUGACCUUCAGCAACUGGGGAUGGAGCCCGCCUUGAACAAGGGGCUGGGGUGGGGGUGGGGGGGCUGAUCCUCCUCUCCUCCUUUGCGUCUCCGUCAUCGAGUGACCCAAGCCCCCCCUUGGGUGUUGGUGUUUGUUUGGUCUGUGCGUCUACUUCCGCGUGGUGGAGUGCUCAAAGAAUGAUGCAUUGCAUUUCUGGAGUAAGCUAGGGAAUGAAUGAAUGGCGUUCCCCUUGGAGCUUUUGUCCUGGGCUUGGAAUCCUCCCGGAAGGUGGAGACUAGUCUUCUUGGUGCAUAAAGUUUCCCUUCCUCCUCCCCCGCCCCCCCAGUGGAUUGCCAAGCGCGUCCUUCACUUCCUCCCAGAAUUCCUGAUUUUCUCUGUCCCUUGCUCACGGCCCCCCACCUUUUAGGUCUCUUCCCUCCCAUUCCCUGCUCCCUCUCUCAGUUUCUGCUGUCAUCGAGGUCACUUGGAUCCAUCGCUCACCUGGGUGGUAUUUGUAUAUCUGAGUUGUCUUCUGGGCCCCCUCUGGAGUCAUGGAAAAUGUGCCGGGCUCCCUGCCUCUCUCCCUGGCCUCCACACUCCCUCGGAGCCCUGCAGUGGAGCACACCCAUCCCGACCUGCCCCAGGCCAGCCUUGCCUUAGCCACAGCUGCCUUGUGGCACUGCCUGCCUUGUAUAUUGUAUGUAUAAAUCACAAAGUGGAAUUCUGACUAUUUUUAAGACAAAAGUCUGUUCAACUUUUUUAUUGUAAAGAAUAUUUAUUACGUGAAGCUCUAUUAUUUUAUGAUAUUUAUUGCAAAGAACUGUCGAAAUGUACUCUUGUCUGAAUAUAACAAAAAUAGCAGUACCUAACGAAAAAUAAGGGUGACGAAAGAAGUACCUAUGUUAACUAUAAUGCAGAAAAUAUAUUAAUUAAUGAAA